AUGAAUGCUGAUGAUGAUGCUAAGUGGCUAGAGUGGGUGUCAUGCCAGUUUGAGGCCAUCGCUGGAGAAGACCGAGAGAUUGACCUGCAAGAGUUCAAGAAAGCACUGAAAGUGAAAGAGUCCUUCUUUGCAGAGAGAUUUUUUGCCUUGUUUGACUCUGAUGGAAGCGGCACUAUCACUCUACAAGAACUUCUGGGGGCCUUAAACCUACUCAUCCAUGGGAAUACAGUGGACAAACUCAAAUUCCUCUUCCAAGUCUAUGAUGUGGAUGGAAAUGGCUCCAUUGAUCCUGAUGAGCUACGAGUAGUGCUACAGUCAUGCCUAAAGGAGAGCGCCAUCUCCCUAUCAGAAGAAAAGCUGGAUGACCUUACUCUGGCCCUCUUCGAAUCAGCCGACAAAGAUCACAGUGGUUCUAUAACCUUUGAGGAGCUCCAGGAAGAAUUAGAAAACUUUCCUGAGGUCAUGGAGAAUUUAACCAUCAGUGCAGCCAAUUGGCUGAAACCUCCAUCCUCCAAGAAAAGGCCACAGAUACCCCGCCACCUGACUUCAGCAUACUGGCAUAACAAUUGUGGCAAGCUGGCCAUUCUGGCAGUCUACAUCGGACUCAACAUCCUGCUCUUUACUCUGGCAGCCCUAAAGUACCAGUCCUCUGGAGCCAGGAUCAUGAUCGCUAGAGGUGGUGGCCAAUGUCUGAACUUCAACUGCAGUUUCAUUGUGGUAUUGAUGUUGCGGCGUUGUCUCACAUGGUUAAGGGCCACGUGGUUGGCCCGAGUUUUCCCACUGGACCAGAAUGUUGAGUUCCACCAGCUCAUGGGCUAUGUGGUAGUUGGAUUCUCCUUCAUACAUACCACUGCCCAUGUGGUCAACUUUGCACACUUGGCUCAAUCAGAGAACAGCACCUUCCAUUUCUGGGAAUAUCUCCUCACUACUCGGCCUGGCAUUGGCUGGGUCUAUGGCACAGCAUCCCUCACGGGCAUCAUCCUGCAGUUUCUCAUCCUCAUCAUGCUUGUAUGUUCCUGCUCCUUUGUCCGAAGGAGUGGGCACUUUGAGGUAUUCUAUUGGACCCAUCUCUUGUACAUCUCUAUCUGGGUGCUGCUUAUUGUACAUGGGCCCAAUUUCUGGAAGUGGCUGCUGGUCCCCGGUCUCUUAUUCUUCCUGGAGAAAGUUGUGGGACUAGUGUUGUCACGCAUGGCAGCCCUGAGCAUAGUGGAAGUCAAUCUCCUCUCCUCCAAGGUUACUCACCUCGUGAUCAGUCGGCCCCCUUUUUUCCACUACAAACCUGGAGACUACAUAUACUUGAAUAUCCCAGCUAUUGCCAAGUAUGAGUGGCACCCUUUCACCAUCAGCAGUGCUCCAGAGCAGAAGGACACUAUCUGGCUGCACAUCAGAUCUCAAGGACAGUGGACAAAUAGACUAUAUGAAUACUUCAAGGCUUCUGACUCCAUUUGUCUCGGUGCCAAGAGGUUGACCCAGAGCCUAAAGCUCAGAAGGAGUCAGAGGAAGUCCCAGAUCCUUCCUCUGUUGAAUGAAAACCAUCGUUUCUGUAAAAUUAAGUGCUACCUGGAUGGCCCCUAUGGAACUCCUACUCGACGGAUCUUUGCUUCUGAACAUGCAGUGUUGAUUGGGGCUGGUAUUGGCAUCACUCCAUUUGCCUCCAUUCUACAAAGCAUUAUGUACAGGCACCAAAAAAGAAAGCAAUAUUGCCCCAACUGCCAUUACUCAUGGUGUGAGGACAUCAGAGAUGAUGAGAUGAAGUUGCAGAAGGUGGACUUCAUUUGGAUCAACCGUGACCAGAAAUCAUUCGAAUGGUUUGUGAGUUUGCUGACCAAGCUUGAGAUGGAUCAAGCUGAAGAGGAACGUGGAGGUAGGGAUGCCUCCCUCUCUGAAAAGGGUAACCAGCAGGAUGUGGACCAUCUGUGUCUCCUUGGUAAGUUAGGCACAUCUGUGGUUGCAUUUGCUGAACUGCCUGAAGGUUCCAGUACAAUCAGCACCCUGGAGAGUGGCGCAUGA